AUGGUAUGCGAACAUAUUAAAAAUUCAUUAUGGGAUUUACAUUCUAUUUUUAUGAAACUUAGUAUUGUCUCAGCAACAAAUAAUCCAUUACAUAAUCUUACGAAUUUUAAUGAUUUUCUUUUACAUAUACACAGAUCAGUUGAAGUUAAUGCAUUGAAUAAUACACACAAUUAUGUUAAAGUAUUUAGAACUUUAAAUACACGUUUAUCAGACAGUAAUACAUUAUUUACCGUAAUACAAAAAUUUCACAAUUAA